CCUGAAGAGUUAAACGAUAGCCAAAGGCGAGCUGUCAGUGCUGCCCUCAACAAAAGGCGCCCAUUUGUGACCAUUCAGGGCCCGCCAGGAACAGGUAAAACUAGAGUUGUGGCGGAGAUAGUGCGGCAAUUGUACAAGAAGAAGCAAAAGAUUUUGGUAUGUGCGCCUUCCCAUGUAGCUAUAGAAAAAGUAAUGUCAGAGGUACUAAAAUAUUUUGACGACCCUGAAUAUGUUGAAGAUUCACUUGUUGACAAGGAGAAGGAUUUGAUUGCUAAUGCUGAAACAAUUGAGGACGCGAUCUGCUCCCAUGACAGAUACAUGGAUCUUUGUGAAUUAUUUGAUAGAAUGGUCCAUUAG